AGUCUGCUCAACAGCUUGUUAUUUGGUGGAUUGUGGCAGUAAAUCGGGGCGAGUGGGGAACCCGGUGCUGGAACUGCUGCCGCGGCCGGGAGCUGGGCUGCCGGGACGGGGGGCCUCGGCGGCCCGAGAGGCGGAGGACGCGAGGGCUGACAGCGCGCACCUCGCCCGCAGCCGCGACAGAGAGGAGAACUCGUGGAGCUGGAGCCCCACAGAUCCCCGGUGAAAAUGAAGGCGGCCGACGAGCCUGCCUACCUGACUGUGGGCACGGACGUCAGUGCCAAGUACCGAGGCGCCUUCUGUGAGGCGAAGAUCAAGACUGUGAAAAGACUGGUGAAGGUUAAGGUACUCCUGAAACAGGAUAAUACAACACAAUUGGUGCAAGAUGACCAAGUCAAGGGUCCUUUAAGAGUUGGAGCAAUUGUUGAAACAAGGACGCCUGACGGAUCCUUUCAGGAAGCCGUUAUCAGCAAGUUGACCGAUGCCAGCUGGUACACUGUGGUGUUUGAUGAUGGUGACGAGAGAACGCUGCGACGGACCUCUCUGUGCCUAAAGGGGGAGAGGCACUUUGCAGAGAGUGAGACCCUUGAUCAGCUUCCAUUAACAAAUCCUGAGCAUUUUGGAACUCCAGUAAUUGCAAAGAAGACGAACAGGGGAAGGAGGUCCUCACUUCCUGUUAACGAAGACGAGAAGGAAGAAGAAAGUAGUGAAGAGGAAGAUGAAGAUAAGCAUCGGCUCAAUGAUGAAUUAUUAGGAAAAGUUGUGAGUGUGGUUUCCACACCCGAAAGGACUGAAUGGUACCCUGCUUUGGUAGUCUCGCCCGGCUGUAAUGAUGACAUCACAGUGAAGAAGGACCAGUGCUUAGUUCGAUCAUUUAUUGAUUCUAAAUUUUAUGCUAUAGCAAGGAAAGAUAUUAAGGAAAUAGACAUUCUCAGUCUGCCGGAAUCUGAGCUGUCUACUAAACCAGGGCUACAGAAAGCAAGUACCUUCUUAAAAGCUAGAAUUGUUCCUGACAAUUGGAAAAUGGAUCUAAGUGAAAUCCUCGAGUCAUCCAGUAGUGAUGAUGAAGAUGGCCCGGCAGAGGAAAACGAUGAGGAGAAGGAAAAGGAAACCAAAAAGGAAGAAGAGGAGGCGCCUGAGGAAGAACUUGAUCCUGAAGAGAGGGACAACUUCCUCCAACAGCUUUAUAAGUUUAUGGAAGACAGAGGUACUCCAAUCAACAAACCACCUGUUUUGGGCUAUAAAGAUCUCAAUCUCUUCAAACUUUUUAGACUGGUCUACCAUCAGGGUGGAUGUGACAAUAUCGAUAGUGGUGCUGUAUGGAAGCAAAUUUAUAUGGACCUUGGCAUUCCUAUUUUGAAUUCAGCUGCUUCUUACAAUGUAAAAACUGCUUAUAGAAAGUAUCUCUAUGGUUUUGAAGAGUACUGCCGCUCUGCUAAUAUUAGAUUUAGAACCAUUCAUCACCAUGAGCCAAAAGUAAAAGUGGAAAAAAAAGACUUAGACGAAUCAAUGGCAGAGGCUCUAACAGUAGAUCCAGAAAUGCCGUUAGUAGAAGUAAAGAGUGAGCUGGAGGAGAAUACUGAUUCAAACAGUGAGAGUGAAAGAGAAGAGAUCGAAUUAAAAUCUCCCAGGGGCCGAAGGAGAAUUGCUCGAGACGUAAAUUCUAUUAAAAAGGAAUUUGAAGAAGAGAAAACAGAGGACAAAUUAAAAGAUAAUGAUACAGAAAAUAAGGAUGUAGAUGAUGACUAUGAAACUGCAGAGAAAGAAGAAAACGGGCUAAUACUGGGGAGAAAAAAUACACCAAAGCCAAAAGAGAAGAAAGUCAAAAAGCAAGAGGGCUCCGACCGAGACUCAGAGGGCGAGGAAGAGAAGAGCCAAGAGAGGGAAGAAACCGAGAGCAAGUGUGACUCUGAAGGGGAGGAAGACGAGGAAGACGCAGAACCCUGUCUAACAGGAACCAAGGUGAAAGUAAAAUACGGACGAGGAAAAACUCAGAAAAUUUACGAAGCCAGCAUUAAAAGCACUGAAAUUGAUGAUGGAGAAGUUUUAUACUUGGUACAUUACUAUGGAUGGAAUGUCAGGUAUGAUGAGUGGGUGAAGGCUGACAGGAUCAUCUGGCCUUUGGACAAAGGUGGACCAAAGAAAAAACAAAAGAAGAAAGCUAAGAACAAAGAAGAUGGUGAGAAGGAAGACAAGCGGGAGGAGGACAGGCAGAAGACGAAGCGGGGCCGGCCUCCUUUAAGGUCUGCCCUCUCCUCCAGCUUGCCCUUCGGGUUAUCUAGGACGGCAAACAGUGACGGAAAAUCAGACUCUUGUUCAUCUGAUAGUGAAACAGAAGACCCUUUAGAGAAGAGUUUGAUCAGUGAAGAACUGUUUCCUGAUUCUAAAGAAGAACUAGAAAAAGCUGACACUGUAAAUGAUGACACGCUCGACGAGGAGACCGCGAAGAUGGCUGCACAUGCGCUCCGGGAGCCAGACAGGACGCCUGGGCCGCGGCCAGAAUCCCUGCAGCCCGAGGCCGGCGAGGAUGAGCAGGUGGCCCAGCUUUUCGGAAGCAAAGUGGAGCAGAGUGAGGACGUCAAGAAGGACCCAGAGAAGUCGCCAAAGGGCAAGGGAAGGCGAAGCAAGACAAAAGAGAUCUCCUUAGAAAUCCUGAAGCUGGCGUCCUUUGGCCCAGGGGAGGCCGGGAGUGAGGCUCCGGGGGAAGGCCCGGCGCCCGACCUUUCCUCACUGGACAGCAAGAGCUCGGCUCCCGCGGUCGAGGAUGAAGUCGACCCAUACGGGAAGGACAGAAGGUUGAAGCGGAAACUGCCCGGGCAGCCGUCCCCGGAGAAGAAAGCCAGAAUGGAGAACGGGCUGGGCGCGGCCGGCAGCGCUGCGCAGGAGCGCACGGGGGCCGGGGACAGCGAGGCCCCGGGGAGCCCAGAGCACACGGGGGUCCCCCCUGCCCGCUGCCCCUGCGUGCAGGACGCGGCUGCGGGUGUCGCGCCGCUGCGGGACGAGGAUGACGCCCUGCCGCUGAUCGGGCCCGAGACCCUGGUGUGCCACGAGGUGGACCUGGACGACCUGGACGACAGGGACAGGACCAGCGUGGAGGAGACUGGCUCCCCGGGCCCCGGGCCACCCGGGCUCCCCGCGGCCGCCUCCCCGCUUGCCCUCAGCCAGGACGGGUCCCGGAGCGAGAGCGACACCACGGUCGAGGUGGACGGCGUGGCCCUGGAGGUGGACAGCGUGGCCGAGGAGCCGCAGGAGGGCCUCUGCGAGCCGGAGCCGGGGGCGGCCGGUGGGCUGGACGUGGGCCCCACCGCUUGCAGCGAACCCGCGCCGGACCGGGAGGGCAGAGAGAAGGGUCAGAAAAGACCAAGUGAUGGAAAUAGUGGAUUAAUGGCAAAAAAACAAAAGCGUACCCCAAAACGAACAAGUGCCGUAGCCAAAAAUGAAAAGAACGGAGCAGGGCAGAGCAGCGAUAGUGAGGACCUCCCUGCCAUGGACACCUCUAGUAAAUGUACUCCAGUAAAGCAUCUUAGUGCCCCGAAGCCACCAAAGCUUGCGCGCUCUCCUGCCAGGAUCUCUCCUCACAUCAGAGAUGGCGAGAAGGAGAAGCAGAGAGAAAGGCAUCCCAAUUCCUCCCCGCGGACAUAUAAGUGGAGCCUUCAACUCAGUGAAUUAGAUAACAUGAACAGUACAGAAAGAAUCUCUUUUCUCCAAGAAAAACUACAGGAAAUCAGAAAAUACUACAUGUCUUUGAAGUCUGAAGUUGCAACCAUAGACAGGAGGAGAAAAAGAUUAAAAAAGAAAGACAGAGAAGUGUCUCACGUGGGAGCCUCCAUGUCAUCGGCUUCCUCCGACACUGGAAUGAGUCCCUCCUCGUCAUCGCCCCCACAAAACGUCCUUGCCGUAGAAUGCAGGUGAUACACAUUUCCUCUGCCUUCCAGCGAUGUGCUGCCAUGGACAUAGCUUCCACAAUCCCAAUGGACAACCACAGAAAGCACUCAGCUGGUUUCACAUUGCUAAGUAGAUCCUGUACACUUCCCCGGACUGGAUUUAUCUGUUCCCUCCUGUCUUGUUUUCCUUGUUGCAAAACCAAGCUGAUAAAUAAUUGAAGGUUAGGCAGCCUGCCAUAUUUGUCAGAAGUUUCCCUCUUCAUUUCUUUUUCAUUUUUGGUGAUACAGAAAAAAGGGCACUUAGCAAAUUUGAAUUUGUAUGAUAAAGCUUUCAGGUGUUACUGAAAUCAUAGACAAGCAAGUGCACAUGAUAAACACCAACAUCUUAUCCAGCUGAAUAGUUACUGCUGCACUUUCACUAGGAUGUGUUUGGACACUUGGUGAGUGGGGGGUUUAUAUUUUGUUUUUUAUUGUUGUUUUUUUUUUUUCUAGUGGAAGCACUUGCUUUUUAGAACUGCCAAAGUCGAUGUUCAGCAGCGUGCCCAGGUUUAAAGGUGUAAAUGGGACAAAAUAAAUUGUGAAAGGAAGUGUAGUUGACUGAAAAUUACAGUGGUAAUAAGUCUUCCACUUUUUAUAGGACUUUUGAGCACACAAUUAUGCAAAUAUUUUAAUGUUUAUUAAUGUGUACAGUGGAAUUGUGAAUAAGUUUUCAGUGGACUAUCUUAUCCCUUGACAAAAAUAUUUUGUCUUUUUUCUAUGUAAUUUCAGAGUUUUUAUUUUGUUACAAAAAUACAAAAAUGAAAUAUAUAACAACAAUGAAGUUAUUUAACAAGAUUUCUAAAGCUGAAAUUUUUGUGUAAAAUAAGGUAUUAUCUUGCAACUUGUUAAAUAUAUUUAUUCAGACAUUGGAUGUUGUAUUUUUAUGUAUUUUUAAAAAUAUUAAUAAAAUGGAAAAAAAGACACCUCUAGGUUAAUUCACUCUUUGGAUGACACUAGCUUGCAGCUGUCCGUUUUUCAGGCGGGUGCGUUCAGUAACCCCACCUGUGCAAGGGGGUCUGUCCUGCAAACAGAGCAGAACUGUAAACGGGCAUCUGGGUUGUUAAAGUGAGUCGUUAAUUAGAAACUUUGGCAGUCCUAGUAUUUAAACUUUCUUGAGGAUCAAAGCUUGGUUGCCCUUAAACUGCUUUGUCACAGCGUUUAUGUUUGCUAUACUGCCGAAUAAAUUUAUAUCUCCCGAAGUUGAGAUGCAACAAAUAAGUAAAGCAAUUAUGUAUGCUUUGUCUGUGAAUUGUUCCACAGACUGAUACAUCUUGUAAAUAAUUCUUCCACAACCAUGUAUUUAAAGCAGUUUUGCAUAUACAUUAUGUAAAAAGGUGAUUUUUUUAAGAGCAAUUUUUAAAUUCAUGUUUAUACAUUGAGAAGGUUUUUUAAACCUCCUUUUCUGUGUUUCAUAUGCUGUAGAGUAUUGAUCUAGAUGCUCUAGAUUGUAUAUCACGAUCUUAUUUACAAGGACAAAGUCAGAGCUAACCCUAGUGAUGGCACAUAGCUUACUGAUAUCAUUGUUUCCUAAGUUCACUUUACCAUAUUGUGAAUUUGUGAUUCAGAUUCCUUCCAUCUUCUCAAAGAAUUAAAAACAAAAAAGUACCCUUGUAAAAUGCACUUUUCUGUCUUUUCUUUGCAAAGCAGAAGUAUUUCAAUGUAAAAUAAAAAUGGAGCUCAGCGGUCAGUAUUAAUAAAGGCCAUGUUUUAAACA